GGAAGGGAGUAUACAGUAUGUCUGUGUGAGUGUUUGUGUGUAUGUGUGUGUGUACAUAUCUACAUAUACGUGUGCGUGUGCGUGCAUAGUCUCUGUAUGUGGUAUAUAGGGUGCAUUCAGAGUGCCUCGUGCUUCAGUUCGACCUGUAGCUUGGUUCAGCAGAAAGGCACUAGAGAAACGCAGGAACGUGUGAUCAGUUACCUGUGCAUGUGGACGUCUCCAUGAGAUCCUCCUUCCUCAUCACCAUACUAUACUGCUGAUCUCUUUUACAGCUUUUGCAGAGUCGUCUGCUUUUUCCCACAGCUCUGUGUGUGUCCGUGUGCGCAGGUGUGAGUGUGAAUAACGUUUCCGAGGCCUCUCUGGAGAAGAGCAGCCUCUUUCUCUAUCCUAGUCUCUCUCUCUCUCUCUCUCUCUAUCAGAAUGGAGUGCUGCCUGCUGUCAGUGUGUGCAGUUUCUGCAGCUUUCCUGUUUGUCCUCUUUUAUUGGCUCGUGCAGCGUAAUGGAACAUGGGCAUUAAUCUGGCAUGACUUCAUCAAAGAACGACUGCACGACACACUCACUCGCUCCACGCGGCCUCAGCGCAUGCUGAAGGCAGUACAGAAGAAUGGCACUAAAGGAAAUCCUGAGAGUGUCAUCUCCGCUAUUGACUACUUCUGCAAGCACUCGGAAUGGGCCAUGAAUGUAGGCGAUGAGAAAGGCUCCAUUUUGGACUCAGUAGUGACUGAGGUGAACCCCAGUACGGUUCUGGAGCUGGGGACGUACUGUGGCUAUUCCACGGUGAGAAUCGCCCGCCUGCUCUCCCCAGGCACCAAACUUAUCACACUUGAGUUUAACCCGGUUAACGCAGCCGUCGCCAGGCAGAUCAUUGCCUAUGCUGGCCUACAAGACAAGGUGAUUCUCGUAGAGGGCUCAUCGGGCGAUUUGAUCCCACAAAUGAAGGAACGUUUUGGCAUCAUGACGUUUGACUUCAUCUUUCUUGACCACUGGAAGGAUCGCUACCUCCCUGACAUCAAGCUGUUUGAGGAGUGUGGUUUGCUCAGAAAGGGCUCUGUGCUGCUGGCAGACAACGUGAUUUGUCCCGGAACGCCGGAAUACUUGGAGUAUGUGAGGAAUAGUCCUCGCUAUGAGAGUAAAUACUAUCCCGCCCACCUGGAGUACACCAAAGUGGAGGACGGUCUGGAAAAGUCGGUCUUCUUGGGAUAAACUAUAGAUUGUUUCCAAAAUCUACAACAGCAAAAACAACAACAGAAACAAUAACAACAGCUGCAACAAUAACAACAACAGAAACAAUAACAACAGCAACAAUAACAACAGCAACAAUAACAGCUGCAAAAAUAACAACAGAAACAAAAACAACAGAAACAAUAACAACAGCUGCAACAAUAACAACAUAAACAAAAACAAACCAUAACAACAAAACCAUAACAACAAAAGAAACAACUAUAGCAGAAACAACAACAGCAAAACAGAAACAAGACUAACGAAAACAACAAUAGCAGAAACAACAAUAGCAGAAAUAGUAACAACAGCAAAAACAACAAUCUAAACAGUUACCAUAAAAUUACACCCUGAAUGUUUACUAAUAAAUACAACUGCACUGAUUUCUAGGCCUGUGUUUGGGGGAAGACUAUUGAACAAAUUCUUUUGAGUAAUGAGACACUCAAAAGUUUUCACUCUGAAACACUCUUUCGAGCGUCUCAGUAAUUCUUUCGAGUGUCUCGAGUGUUGCAGCUGUUGUUAUUCUUUCUGUUGUUUAUUAGUGUUAUUAUUUAGAAAUGUCCUUAAAAGGCACCGUGUGACAUUAACACACACUUGGUCUAUUCCCGAUGAGGUCUCACCUGGACACACUACUACUGUAAUCAUAAACACUGUCCUGUGCUAUCCCUUAUCCUAGGAUACAAGAGACUCACUAAACCUGCUAUCAGCAUGUUUAGAUUCACGAGAUCCCAAAAGAAGACGGGUUCCUCUGUAAGGCUGGUUCCUUCUUCCUCGUGUCAUCUCAGGUUCUUUCCCUGCUGCUUGAGCCUCAUUAAGAAUCUAAAUCUACAUUUCUGUUUAAUUACGUUGUGUGGCAUUGUCAAAAAAAAAAAAACAACAACAUUAAUCCAUAUAGCUUCUUUAAAUAAACAAACUUCAAUUAAA